GCGGGGCGGGAUCCGAAGAGGAGAAGGGAGCUGCGAGCAGCGAGCAGGCGGCAGGCGCGGUCUGCGCGAGGAGCAGGCGAGCGGGAAGGCGAGACGCAGCCACCUUCCUCACCAGCCAGCCCACAGCGGUUUGUUUCCAUCCUCGGGAGUGCGCCAAUGCCCGGGCCGACCCAAACCCUGUCCCCAAAUGGCGAGAACAACAACGACAUCAUCCAGGAUAACGGGACCAUCAUUCCUUUCCGGAAGCACACAGUGCGCGGGGAGCGUUCCUACAGCUGGGGAAUGGCAGUCAACGUGUAUUCUACCUCGAUAACCCAGGAGACUAUGAGCCGACAUGACAUCAUUGCCUGGGUUAAUGACAUAGUGUCUCUAAACUACACGAAAGUGGAACAGCUUUGUUCAGGAGCAGCCUACUGCCAGUUCAUGGACAUGCUCUUUCCUGGCUGCAUUAGUUUGAAGAAAGUAAAAUUUCAAGCGAAGUUGGAACAUGAGUACAUUCACAAUUUUAAGCUUCUGCAAGCAUCGUUUAAGCGAAUGAAUGUUGAUAAGGUAAUUCCAGUGGAAAAGCUCGUGAAAGGGCGUUUCCAGGACAACCUGGAUUUUAUUCAGUGGUUUAAGAAGUUCUAUGAUGCUAACUACGAUGGCAAGGAGUAUGACCCCGUAGAAGCACGACAAGGGCAAGAUGCAAUUCCUCCUCCCGACCCCGGCGAACAGAUCUUCAACCUGCCCAAGAAGUCUCACCAUGCAAACUCCCCGACAGCAGGUGCGGCUAAAUCAAGUCCAGCAUCUAAACCAGGAUCCACACCUUCUCGUCCCUCAUCAGCCAAAAGGGCUUCGUCCAGCAGCUCAGCAUCCAGAUCUGAUAGAGAUUUAGAAACACAGGUCAUACAGCUUAAUGAACAGGUACAUUCGUUAAAACUUGCCCUUGAAGGCGUGGAAAAGGAGAGGGAUUUCUACUUCGGAAAGUUGAGAGAGAUUGAGCUCCUCUGCCAGGAACACGGGCAGGAAAACGAUGACCUCGUGCAGCGACUCAUGGAAGUCCUCUACGCUUCGGAAGAACACGAGGGCCACCCGGAGGAGCCGGAAGCAGAGGAACAAGUCCACGAACAGCAGCCCCAGCAGCAGGAAGAGUACUGAACCGUCUCGGCAGCUCUCCACACGUCCGUUCUGGUGGGAACUUUUCUUCUGGAGAAUUGGAACACCUGUGGCCUCAAGCUCAUCAGAAACCAGUUGUUCCCAGCCUGCUGUCCCAUCACUGCGCCGGCGCCCAUGCCAGCCACCGCGCUCGGUUCCCAUUUCCUUCGCCAAGACACACUAGCUGCGGCCGUGGGCAGCCUCCCCAAGACGUCACGGGGUCACAUACCUUCAACUUCACCACCUGGCUGCUUGAGAUUGGUUCUGCUCUUUGCAUUUCUUUCCAGAACAACUGUCCCCACCCCCACCCCACCCCCUUUUUAUCCUGGUGUGAAACAAUGGUAAUUUGAUAUAUGGUAUUUAUAUUGGCAUUUCUCAACCCAGUGUCACUAGAUGUCACACACAUUUGUGGUGCUUUGAUGUUUGCAAGUCUAACCUCUGAACAUAAAUUUGGUCAGAUAAUAAAUUGGAACAAAGGGAAAGAGAUACUUGAUAUGAAAGCCAUAUGACAGUGACUUAUUUCACGGGGAAAAACACCAAGUCAGUUUCUCCCUCUACUCACAAACAAAAGGGGAAAAAAAAAAAGGAAUCAAAA